CGCCACAAGUAUCACGGGCGACGAGCAAGGUUUCCUUCCACUCCAGUUCCGACCAUCCCUGACGAGUAUUCGAUCAAACUCGCACGAUUUUUUGGGGACCAGUUUGCCAAGAUGGCCGUUGCAUCGGUCCAAGACCGGACUGCCGAGUUCAAAUCGGUAUUGGCCCAGGCCCAGAAGCGACAAGCAAACGCGAAAGCUAGCGCGCAACGGCGCUCCCUCCUCACCGAUGCGCAAAAGGCAGACGCGAACGGCGCGCCACCCAGGAGGUCGGAGUUUGCGCGCAGGGCCGCGGAGAUUGGGCGCGGAAUAGCAGCGACCAUGGGGAAACUGGAGAAGUUGGCGCAGCUGGCCAAGAGGAAGACACUGUUCGACGACAGGCCGGUCGAGAUCAACGAGCUCACCUUCAUAAUCAAGCAGGAUCUGUCAUCGCUCAACCAGCAGAUCUCAGGCCUGCAGCAGCUGUCAAGGCAACAACAUCCCAAAGCCGAUCAGGAGGGUGAGCACAACAAGAAUGUCGUUUUCCUGCUGCAAGGGAAGUUGACCGAUGUAUCGGCCAACUUCAAGGACGUGCUUGAGGUGCGGACCAAGAACAUUCAGGCAUCAAGGUCGCGCACAGAAAACUUCAUCUCCUCAGUAUCGCAGCAUGCGCAACAACCAGCUCUUCAGUCUUCGGCUAGCCCGCUCUACGGCACGCCAAAUAGGGGGACCCCGUCGCCGGGUGUGGAUUUGUUGACGCUCAACCCGCCGGGCGGGAAGGGCAUGGGAGGUGGACCGGUGGGCGACGAGCAGCUCAUGCUGAUGGAGGAGGCACAGCCACAUAACGCCUACAUCCAGCAACGAGGCGAGGCUAUUGAAGCUAUCGAAAAGACCAUUGCCGAGCUGGGUGGCAUCUUCGGGCAGCUGGCUGGCAUGGUAUCAGAGCAGAGCGAGAUGAUUCAAAGGAUAGACGCCAACACCGAAGAUGUGGUUGACAAUGUCGAGGGUGCGCAACGUGAGCUGUUGAAAUAUUGGAGCCGCGUUUCAGGUAACCGUAUGUUGAUUGCCAAGAUGUUUGGCGUUCUGAUGAUAUUCUUUCUAUUAUGGGUUCUCAUUGCGGGUUAAGGAUUUGUUUAAACAAGCAAAAAUCGAGCUUGAAAAAAGCGGCACUAUUAUGAUUUUUUGGCCCGUCGUGAGGGCGACGGGGAGACUUUUUCUUUUGUCCUUCUCACCUUCGCAAAACCUGGGGUUUGUAACACUAUCUUACUUAUUGCAUCGUCGUCGUCUUCACACCGGACCCGAAGGAAAUCGGGUACAACCUCUUCACAUAGAAAGGCCGCAUUUCCCUUUUUUUACCAAAUCUUUCAAUUUGUAUACCAUUUCUCGGAAGUACCUACUAAAAUGCCUUCUGGUCGAGCAUACAUACUAUUGUCCGCUAUCUCCCAUUGUUCAGUUUUGCCCACGUCCACACCCACUGUUCCUAUAUGCAAGUAAUUUCCUCCUAGG